AUGAAUCUCUCAAGUAUUGAAGGACUGGAACGCCUGGAGGAAACUGCGUUCCGGGGUCUUCCGGAAGCGCCCUCGGGCCGGAGGGUGUGCGCAUGCGCGGACGCGGCGCGGGCCCGCGCGGGCCGGCCUCGACCCCUGUCGCACCUGAGGGUGACUGCGCACGCGUGGCUACUGAGUGGACGAACCUGGGCGCGAAGGACGUUCGAGCCCCCACACCUGUCUGCCGGGGCCUUAGGAGGCAGGGCCUCUCUGCCGGGCGCGGGGUGUAGAGUGGAGAGGCGAGACCUCAGCCCCCGAGGGGCUGGCGGGGACACGCGACACUUGGCAGUGCACGAGGGCAGUAGCGUCUUAGUGGUAGAGUAUGAUCGAACCGUGGCACUGGAGGCUUUUGGGGCCAGACAGUUGCUUGUUGCGGAGGACCGUCUCCGUGAAGAGAAGGAGCAAGAUGACAGCUUACCCCUAAGGGAAAAGACAAGUAACUCGGGAAGUCCUCAUAAGCAGUUGAGCCAGUUUUGGUACAGCCAGGAGACCGCUCUGCGACUUGCCAAGGAAGCCAUUGCAGCCGCGGGAGAAUGUGGCAGAAUAGCCUGUGUGAGUGCCCCCAGUGUUUACCAGAAACUGAGAGAGCUACACAGAGAAGACUUUUCUGUAUACAUCUUUGAAUAUGACAAGAGAUUUGCUAUAUACGGAGAGGAGUUUAUCUUCUAUGAUUACAAUAAUCCAUUGGAUUUACCUGAAAAAAUUCCUGCACACAGUUUUGACAUCGUAAUAGCAGAUCCCCCCUAUCUCUCCGAGGAAUGUCUCAGGAAAACGUCAGAAACCAUCAAGUAUCUGACUCAGGGCAAGAUUCUGCUGUGCACAGGUGCCGUCAUGGAAGAAGAGGCAGCGAAACUUCUUGGCGUGAAGAUGUGCAAAUUUAUUCCAAAACACACCCGGACCUUGGGAAAUGAGUUUCGCUGUUAUGUGAAUUAUGAUUCUGGACUAGACCGUGAAAUCUCAGUGUAGAUAGUAACAUAACACAGUAAAGGAUCCUAUGUGACGUUUCUCUCUCACUAUUUCCUUGGUAGAUUGAAAAGCUAUAACCUCCUCCUGUCCCCUAGAAUGGGGCUGGCUCUGGCCUGAUUUCCAAAAUAAAGAAUACAGCAUCUCAUCAUGACUUCCUUGUUGCCAGGGCUCGGGAUGCCUUUGCCAACUUGAGUCUGUGGAUUUGUCUUGGGAAGAAAUCUUAGAACCUGUCUAAAAUCCGCUCUCCUCACCU